CUACUCCUCCUCUGUCCUCCACUGAAGUAGACUCUCUAAACAAACAUGGCUAUGGCAUCUGUGCUGUUGUUUCUACUCAUCUCUUCCAUGGAGGUUGCAUCCUCUUCUUCUUCUUCACCUCUCCCUGAUAAAAUUCAUCAACUUCCAGGCCAACCCAAUGUGCGUUUCCAGCAGUUCUCAGGAUAUGUCACUGUGGAUGACAAGAAGGAUAAAUCUCUGUUUUAUUAUUUUGUAGAAGCAGAACAAGAUCCAGCUUCCAAGCCUCUAGUUCUCUGGCUAAAUGGAGGUCCUGGUUGUUCUUCAUUGGGAGUGGGAGCUUUCUCCGAAAAUGGACCAUUCAGACCAAAUGGUGAAGUUCUUGUGAGAAAUGAAUAUAGCUGGAACAGAGAAGCUAACAUGUUAUACCUAGAGACACCAGUUGGAGUUGGAUUCUCUUACUCAACUUACAAUUCUUCCUAUGUAGCAGUUGAUGAUGAGAUAACAGCCAGGGACAACCUUGUAUUCUUGCAACGCUGGUAUGACAAGUUCCCAGGUUACAGGAACAGGAAUCUGUUUAUUACAGGAGAAAGCUAUGCAGGCCAUUAUAUUCCCCAACUGGCAAAGCUUAUGAUUGAAAUCAAUAGAAAGCAGACGCUAUUCAAUUUGAAAGGAAUUGCUCUGGGAAACCCGGUACUGGAAUUCGCCACAGAUCUCAAUUCAAGGGCUGAGUACUUCUGGUCCCAUGGCUUAAUAUCAGAUUCAACAUACAGAAUGUUCACUUCCGUAUGCAACUAUUCCCGGUAUGUUAGCGAGUACUACAGGGACUCGGUUUCACCUGCUUGUUCAAGGGUGAUGAGCCGAGUGAGCACAGAAACCAGUCAGUUCGUGGACAAAUAUGACGUUACCCUUGAUGUUUGCAUUCCAUCAGUGCUUUCACAGUCAAAGGCUAUAAGUCCCCAGCAGGUGUCUGAGAAGGUAGAUGUAUGUGUGGAGGACAAGAUUGUGAAUUACCUAAACCGUAAAGACGUUCAGCAAGCUCUCCAUGCUCACCUGGUUGGAGUCCACAGAUGGGCUGUAUGCAGCAACAUUCUGCAGUAUGAGUUUCUCAACCUGGAGAAACCUACAAUCUCCAUAGUCGGGUCGCUUAUCAAGGAUGGAAUUCCAGUCCUGGUUUACAGUGGAGAUCAAGAUUCUGUCAUUCCAUUGACUGGAAGCCGAAAACUGGUACGUAGAUUGGCAAAGGCGUUAGGACUGAACACAACCGUACCUUACAGAGUUUGGUUUGAGGGAAAGCAGGUUGGAGGGUGGACUCAAGUGUAUGGCAAUAUCCUCUCCUUUGCCACCAUAAGAGGUGCUUCUCAUGAAGCUCCGUUCUCGCAGCCUGAAAGAUCACUCAAGCUGUUCAAGUCAUUUUUGGAAAACAAACCUCUACCAGAAACAUUCUGAAUCAUCUGGGAUUGCAAUCCAGGGUGCCAUGUCGUCUUGUUUACAUCUUCCAUAACAAGAAUCAGUUCCUCAGACAAAAAUGUGAAAUUGAUUGUCAUUCUUUAUCUGGGUUUUGUGAACGUAAUGCAGAAGAAAAAAAAUUUGUAAAAUGGUGUGGAGACAAGAAAAAACAUCAAAUAAUUGCCUUGUUUCCCACCAUGUGAAGAUCAAAGGAUGUCUUUUUAUCCAUCAAUAUUGUCGAUGUUUUGUGGGUUGUUUCAUAGUUACCAAUAAAUCAAAAUCCCUUGA